AUGGAUACGCGUUUUGUUCACCAAUCAAAGAGCGAACAGGUUUUAUUCAAAUCAACGUUCACAAAUAGCACCGAACGGGCGCAGGAAUAUACUUUUAAAACAGAACGUUCUACUCGCAGUAGUGCAACAAUUUCAAUCGAGAAAGGAGUAUGUCGUGGAAUGGAAAUGGAAUUGAAAUUGAAAACGCCAUGUGAAAUUGUUGAAGCAAAUGCUGGCUUUCACAAUGAAUUAAGUAUUGUAAGUAUUGGUGAGAAUAUAGUAGAAGAAGAAUUGAGAUGGGGUGUUGAUAGUACCAUUAAGGUACCACCGUUAUGUGAAACUGUUGCUGAAUUGGUCAUUCUCGAGGAUAGUCAGACAAGGAAUUUUGCAGUAGACAGUCGUAUUUCUGGCAGAGUAAUAGUAACAGUAACGAAUUUGAAGGAAAAUAACAGUUUGAUAACAAUUAUUGAAGGGAAAGUGGCCGAUAUCAUUCGCAGUAUCGCGAAUUAUUCGGCUCUUGGUUUCACUAUCAAAGAUGAUAUUGUAACAUAUACGACAAGAGGUAUAUGUAAAUUCAAAUAUGGCGUCGAGCAAAUUGUCAAAUUAAAAGAGCAUCCGCUGAUGCUACCAUCUUUGUAA